CAUCGCGAGGCCUCCCGUCUCCUGCCAUGCGCCGCCUCCCCGGCCGCGCCAUCGCCGCCGCGCCCGGUGGAUUCCUCCACCUCUCCCUCCUCGCUUCCCUCCGCCGCCGCCCCUCCCUCCAGGCGCACGCUCAGCUUCUGCUCCUCGGCCUCCCGCUCCAGCCCGCCGCCGCCUCCCGCCUCCUCCGCCCACACCUCCGCGCCGGCCACCCGCUAGCCUCCCUCCGCCUUUUCCUCCGCAUGCUCCGCGACCAUGAGCCCUCGCCAACCAGCGCCACUGCUUCCCAGAACCAGGAGGCCGUCCCGAACUCGUACUCCCUCUCCGCGGCACUCGCAGCCUGCUCCCGCCACGAGUCCCCCUCCCUCGGCUUCUGCAUCCACGCCUUCGUCCUCAAAUCAGGAUUCGCCUCGGACAUCUUCGUCACGAACUCGAUCCUCCAUUUCUACGCCUCAUUCGGUCUCCACUCCCUCGCGCGCAAGCUGUUCGACGAAAUGCCGGUGAGGGACACCGUGUCGUUCAACACUCUGAUCGAUUCAUACGUGCAGUCAGGAUGUAUUGACGGCGCGUUCGGUGUGUUAAGGAAUAUGGUGGACGGAGGGUUCCGGAUGGACGGAUGGACCAUCACGGCGUUGCUGGGCGCUUGUGCUGAGUUAGGCGAUUUGAAUGCGGCAAAAGCUGCGCAUGGGGUUGCCAGGAGGACAUUGAGGCUCAAAUUGUUCAACUCUGGAGAGGUAGUAAUUGGGCUAGUGGACAUGUAUGUGAAGUGUGGCGCAUUGCAGCUCGCCAGGAAGGUGUUUGAUUUGUCUGAGGAGAAGGCGAAGGUUGUGAGGGUUUGGAGUGUAAUGUUGUCAGGGUAUUCAAGGGCUGGAGAGAUCGACGUGGCUCAAAGGUUAUUUGAUAAGAUGCCUAAUAAGGAUUUGGUUGCAUGGACAGUUUUGAUUGGUGGAUAUGUGCAGGCAGGUAGAUCCAAUGAGGCACUUCGGUUGUUCCAGGAGAUGGAAGCGACAGGACUUGAGGCUGAUGAGGUGACGGUUGUCACGGUGCUUUCAGCUUGUGUCCAGCAUGGUGCAAUUGAUCUGGCAAAAAGGCUUCAUUGUCGUGUGAAACAGAAUGGAGUGAUUAGCAGAAAUGCAAGAGUUGCCACCAGUUUCGUGCACAUAUAUGCAAAGCAAGGGUACAUACAAACAGCUAUGGAUGUGUUUCAUGGAGUCGUUGAUGAAUUCAAGACCGUGGAGUUGUUUAAUGCUAUGAUACAUGGACUUGCUCACCACGGUUAUGGCGAGAAAGCUAUUUCACUUUUUGAUGAAAUGGAAUCAUUGGGGCUUCAUCCUGAUGAGAUCACAUUUGUGGGUGUUCUGUGUGCAUGCAGUCGCAGUUGCCUGAUCAUACAAGGAUGGCAGAUGUUCAAUUCAAUGUUGGACAAGUACGGUGUCAGGCCAGAUGUCAAGCAUUAUGCCUGCAUGGUUGAUCUCCUUGGAAGAGCUGGACGGCUUGAUGAUGCUUACAGCUUUAUCCAAAAUAUGCCUUGCAAAGCAAAUCGUGUGAUAUGGUCAUCUCUUCUGACAGCAUGCAAGGUCCAUGGAAAUAACAAGAUUAGAAAGCUUGUAGAGAAGCAACUUCUUGAGUUAGAUACUACCUACAAGCCUGAAAAGCUAACUUUAUCCGGCUUAUUUUCUGAUGAGAAGAGGAAAGAGGUAGCUGCAAGGGUGAGAAAGACUAUAAGGCACAAAUCUGAGCGCAGGCAUACCCGCUAAAAGUGGCAUGGAACGGUAAUGUUUGUCAGAUUGCAAUUACCAAUACUUCCCGGAUCCAAUCUCAGGCAAAGGUGGUUGAUUGGAUGCCUGAAGACAUGCCGAGGCAUUUGGGCUUUGCAGGAUGUGUUGGGAGAAGACUGCUUGGAACAUCGAGAGACAGUUGCUCUAGCAUUUGGCUUGGUAAAGUCAGUUCCUGGAAUCCCUGUCACUUACCCUUUUAUGUGAGGUAGUUGCCAUUCGUCAAUCUGAGUAUUUAAUGAAACUAUACAGAAGGGAUAUUAGAUCCAAUGAUGGGCUAAGUUUUGGAAUGAAAAAAAAUAACGACCUUUCAAAUCUUGUGAACAAACCCUGGUUGUCAACUUCUCAAAUGGUAGGUUAAUCUCUGUUUUCCUGGUGGCUGGCGCAGCUGCUACCAGAGCUUGUAUACAUGUCAGUACAAGCAUUACAAUUAGUCAACCACUUGUGCUGACUGAUCCUUCGACUUCUGGAAAUGAGAUGGCAGAACAGAGAAAUAUUGCCGCGAAUUUCGAGAGCUAGGUUCUUUCAAAGUUUUCCAGUUACUGUUGGAAUAUGUUUAUUCCCAUCCAUUCCCCCCCAAAAUCUUUAUUGGAGCUCUGGCUAGGGACAAACCCUAGGAUUAAUGGGAUAUACGUCAGGUUUUUAAGACCCAGGAACCCUAAGGUCAGUGUUUCCCAGGAAGAAGGCACAAAGAAUAACUUGAGUAGUUAUGGCAUUAGAUGUUGGAAUGACACGUAGAAAAAAUUGUUCUCUCUGUUGACCUAACCGAAGUGAGUGAAUAAAAACCCAUAACGUACUGUUGAAUGAUACUGACAGAAAACCUACCUCCUUUCAGAAACUCAGAGAGUAAUAUCUGUACUGUAUGGAGUCAACGUUCUGUUCAACAACGUGCAAAAAAAUAAGAGCAAAAACAAGCUUAAAGCUGGAUGUCAAAGAAGGUGAUGGCCAACCACAGUCCACAGGGAAAGCUAACCUUUCUGUUUAACCAUCCACCUUUUGCUCUCAGUAUAACUUAUGAUCACAUCCUUCCUGGGUACUUGAAGUAUCAGGACCAACCUCAAGGCAGGGCAUAAGUGAUCAUGCGAAAGGAACAAUGCAACAUUGAUGGUUCGAAGACUUUUGUUUUGAAGUUUGACAUGCACUGCAAAUGCAACGGUUGUAUCAAGAAAAUCAACGAUGGGGUGAAGGAGAUUAGUCUUUCAAAAGGGGUGGAGAACACUGAUCUCUUGAUAGGGACAGGAGAGGUGAAAGUGACUGGGAGAAUGGACCCGGAGAAGGUCCGUUCUCUGUUUCAUGCAGUGACAAAGAAGUGUGUGGGAAUAGUUACCCAAAGCACCCUGUCUGACGGACACACCGCACCAUCUCAGGAAAACAAGAAGGCUCCUUCUGGCUGGUUCGCUCCGGAGGCCGCGAGGUCGUUCCCGGUAACCCCGAGCGCCCCGCCGUUGCCCGAGGAGGCAUGGAGCGAGACGACGGUGCCUUCAGGGCGAUGCUGGUAUCGGUGGUCAGCGCCUUGGAGCUCGUCCGGCGUGUGGGCUGCGUCGGACAUCACCGGGACGCUGGCGGUGUACGAGCUCUGAGCUGCAUGCUCAUGCUGCGUGACCAUACAGCAGUGGAGGUCCCAACCUGGUCUCCUAAGGCGGCUCUCAUUUGUUUAGAAGAUGGGUUCCAGUUUUUAAAAGACAUAGAAUGCAUGGUUCCGUUUUGCUUCGUUGCAA